UGGCCGCCGAUAAACGUGUUGGUGAAAAUGGGAUCUCUGUUACAGUUGGUGUCAAAACAAAGCACCGGAAUUAAUCGUAUUUUACUGGAAAAUCUACGUAAAUCCUUAACAUACCAUUCGGUCACCGGUUGUGGACCUUCUUGUUUAUCCAAUCGAAACUUAUUUACAAGACCGAAAACCUACCAGCACCGAGAUGAAGUACAUCAGGGAGUCCGGAGGAAACUUCUUGCGAACGGCAUGCAACAACUUUUUCCACCCACCCUUUGUGCAAGCACGAAAGCAGACCCGAAGACAACAGCUUUAGGUACCAACGUGCUGGGAGGUAUCUUCCAGAAGAAGCGAAGGAAAGGUCCCCAUAGUUGUCCACUUGUACCGCUAGCUACGGCAUUCCAUUGCUCUGCCGUCAACAGCUUCCGCGGUGCCGGUCCACUUCCUGCAGGUGUUCAAGCCUUAUCUCCGCAAAACGAACAGCAGAAGAGGCAGCAACAACAACAACAACAACAUCAUAGGCAGAAGACCUUUCAAGUUCCCUUUGGCUCUCCGCAAAAACAAACAAUACGACCUUGUUUCCAUCUAGGGCAUCAUCCGGCGUCCGGGGAAAACAUUGGCAGCUACGAUGGACCGGAAAUAACCGCGACCGAUAUGAUACGAGCGAUGGCGAUGUACAUUUGGCCGAAGGACGACGCACUUGUUCGGAAAAGGGUACUUAUCUCGUUAGGACUUCUCGGUGGUGCCAAAGUGCUGAACGUGUGUGUGCCUUUCAUGUUCAAAAUGGGAGUGGAUAACCUGAGCACGCUCAGCAUGGAUACAGUUCCACAAGCAGCCGCCUCAAUGACGAUAGCAGUCUUGUUAGGAUAUGGAAUUGCCCGAGCUGGAGCUGCAGGUUUCAACGAACUGCGGAAUGCUGUCUUUGCCAGAGUUGCUCAACACUCCAUCAGGAAAAUCGCCACCAACGUGUUUCUUCAUCUGCAUAACUUGGAUCUGCAGUUUCACCUGAGCAAGCAAACUGGUGCUCUUUCCAAGACAAUCGAUCGUGGAUCUCGCGGUAUCAACUUCGUGCUGACAGCGAUGGUGUUUAACGUCGUGCCUACAUUCUUCGAGCUUGCACUGGUUUCCAGCAUUCUUGGUCUAAAAUGUGGCCUAGCAUAUGCCGGUCUUUCGAUGGGUUGCGUAGGUGUAUAUAGUGCCUACACUUUGGUGGUUACUCAAUGGAGAACCAAGUUCCGGGUGUACAUGAAUCAAGCAGAGAACGAAGCCGGCAAUAAGGCAGUCGAUUCGUUGAUCAACUACGAGACAGUAAAGUAUUUUAACAAUGAACUGUACGAAGCACAGCGCUAUGACGACGUGCUGAAAAAGUACGAAGCAGCCAGUUUGAAAACAAGCACCAGCUUAGCAUGGCUGAACUUUGGUCAAAAUGCCAUUUUCAGUGUCGCGUUAAGCGCUAUCAUGGUGAUGGCAGCGAAUGAGAUCGCGCAAGGAAGUAUGACCGUUGGAGAUUUAGUAAUGGUUAAUGGUCUGUUAUUCCAAUUGUCAAUCCCACUGGGGUUUCUUGGUAGUGUGUACCGAGAGGUCAGACAAGCUCUGCUUGAUAUGAGGACAAUGUUCACUCUAAUGGGAGUAGAAAGUGCUAUUCAAACCAAAGAGAAUGCUCCACCAUUGCAAGUUCAACGGGAAACGGCUUCGAUUGAGUUCAAAGAUGUCUGCUUUAAGUACAAGCACAGUAAUCCCAUUUUUGAUAAUCUUAGUUUCUCAAUAGCUGCUGGUAAAAAGAUUGCCAUUGUUGGAGGAUCAGGAUCUGGAAAAUCUUCGAUGGUACGCUUAUUGUACAGAUUCUUCGAACCAAAUUCGGGACAGAUUUUGAUUAACGGGCAAGAUAUUAGAGAAGUGGACCUCCUAAGUCUGCGAAAGUCAAUUGCCAUUGUUCCACAAGAUUCAGUUCUAUUUCAUGACACAAUUCGACACAACAUCCACUACGGAGAUUUAACCAAAAGCAGGGAAGAAAUGGAGCAUGCUGCCCGAAUGGCCGAUUUACACGAUUCAAUCCAAAGCUGGCCAAAGCAGUAUGAAACACAAGUAGGUGAGCGGGGUCUUAAGCUAUCCGGUGGUGAAAAGCAACGGGUAGCUAUUGCAAGAGCAAUCUUGAAAAACUCCCCCAUAUUGAUCUUCGACGAAGCAACGAGCAGUUUAGAUUCGAUAACCGAACAUAAUAUCCUGAAAGCAUUGGCUCGUGCAACUGAACAUAGAACCAGUAUUUGCAUUGCUCAUCGUUUAUCUACCGUAAUGGAUGCUGAUGAAAUCUUGGUUCUGGAAAAUGGACGCAUCGCGCAACGAGGUACCCACGAAGAACUUCUGCGUAACGAGGGUUUGUACACUAAACUGUGGGACACACAAAACAGGUUGUACAAUAUUAGUAAUAAUGUGACGAAGAAAUAGGGCAACAUUUAGAAUUGAUAAAAACAGAAAACUAUUCAGAGUAUAAGUAGGUAGAAACUGUUAUGCAACUCAAGUUAGACCAAUAUGUAUAGUGUAAAUAAAUCGUUUCACUAAAUAUGAAAUGUUCUUUGGUUAAAAGUAUUCUUUUUCAUGUUUUGUUUGCUGCGAAAUUUUCCUUCUAUUCACAAUAAGAAAAUCAAACUGAUACGAAAAGAAUCAUUUUGGCGUCUACAUUAGUCAUCAAACUCAUUAAACCUGCAAACAGCUCCGAAAUUCGACUUCAUAACAGAAUAUCAUAUACGAUUUUUAGUAAAUUAUCAUCCGGCAAACAAGAGGUCGGGUUAGUUUAUAAAGUUUAAGUAAAAAAUGGCAAGUUUAAGUUUUCAGUUCAUGUAACGAUUUUAUUACUAAUGAAAUAAAUGUGUUAAUCAAUUCAAA